CGUGUGCGGGUCGUUGUCGGUUGAGGGGCGCAACUGGAUGCCAAAACAAAAGGCAAAGAAGAAAAUAAAAAAAUAAACAAACAAACAAUAAUAAUAAACGUAAUUUAAACAAUUAAUCAAAACGCGGCGAUCAAUGAAACUUAUGCAAAAGCAGCAACAACACCAGCAACAAGUGCCAGUGAAUUAUUGUACUUAAUUUUUAUGUACAAAUUGUGAGUGAGUGUUUGUAAGAGUGUAGAUUUUUAUGUAUGUGUGUAUGUGUAUAUGCGGCUUUAUCAAUUGCUCCAUAUAAAAAAUUAUUGAAGUGUUUGACAGCAGCAGCGGCAGUAGCAGCGCAGCAACAUCAUAAAACUAACGGCAAAAUCAACAUCGGCGGCAGCGGCAGAAGCAGUGGCAGUGGCAGCGCAGACGACGUCUGCUUAAAACGGAGCCGAGCAAAUCAAAUCGAAUCGAAUCGGAUAGGAUCGGAGCGUCGCGGUGUGGUCUUUGACAAUAUGUUGAGCCCACCAUAAUGAAGGAAAUUGAUAGCGAGACAACUGUAGUAUGGCCAGCCUGGUGUUAUUCCGGUAACACGCCCACAGACAUACUGCAACAGAAGCCCGCGAAGGCAACGACGGCCACGCCAGCAAAACACCAAAACGAGGAGCAGGCGCAACAAUUUAACUCUUUGCCCGCGGCGGCGGCCACCAAGCGCAAGCAUCUCGAACGGCUCGCCAGCGAUCUGCGACAGCAGCAACAGUUGCUCAGCGGCAGCAGCAGCAACAGUGGAAACAUGCUCAGCGAACGCUCGCUCCUGCUCAGCGGCUAUGGGGCCAUCGACAGUUCAAAGCAGCUGCGAGAGGCCAGCAGCCCGACAACGGCAGCAACUGCCGCUGCAGCAGCAGCAGCAACGGCCACAACUGGCAACAGCAGUGCUGCUGCAACGCCGGCAACAGCAGCCAAUACCUCCGCAGCAAACUCCUCCACGGCAACAGCAACUGCAGCAGCGGCAGCCGCAGCAACAGCAGCAACUAAUGCUGCUGCUGCCGCCUACGCUGCUUUGUACUUUGAUAGAGUGAAACAUGAAAAGCUGUCGCCGUUGCAUAUGACGAGCGCACAGAUUGAUUCGCUGAAGGAUGUCUUUUUGGAUUCCUCGGUCAUGGUCACUAUGCACAACAACAACAAUAACAAUAGCAGCAGUAACAACAACAACAACAGUAGCAACAGCAACAACAACGUUAGCAACACCAACAGCAGCAGCAACCAUCAACAACAGAAGCUCAACAUCAACAGCAGCACUGUGAAACGGGAGCGUCUCAGUCCCAACAGCAACAGCAACAACAACAACAACAAUGGCGAGCUGUCUGUUCCCGCGGCAUUUGCCAGAUCUCGUAGCGCCACGCCCUCGUCCGCAACAUAUCGCAGUGGCGGCGGCGGCGGUGGCAGCAUUUCGCCCAUUCAGCAGCAACAGCAGCAGCAGCAGCAGCAACAACAACAACAGCGUUUGAGCCCGCCCAGCUCACAGACCCACAUGCCCCUGCACAAUUUGUCCACAAAUCUGUUGAACAGUUUUCAACAAGCAGCAGCGGCAGCCGCCGCCAGCAACAACAACAAUAGCAACAGCAACAACAUUAACAGUCAACGCAACAGCAACAGCAGCGUCAACAACAACAACAACAUCUCCGUAGGCAGCGGCGCCGGCAGCGCUGUCAACAGCCCAGUGGGGGCAACAACAAGUGCCCCAACAACAAAUGCCACGGAUUUCUCCACGCGCAACUAUUCGGAUAUCAUGCGCUGCCUCGCAGCCAAAUACAACAAUGCCAAUCUCAAUGACCAUCAUGCAACCCGUCGCAAUUCGUACUACGACAGCAGUGGCAGCAGCAGCGCUGGUGUUGUUGCUGCUGCCGCCGCUUCAACUGGUGGUACGGAGCGCAGCGGCGCCAAGACGAGCAAUGUCAACAGCACUAGCAGCAACCUUAGCAGCAGCAACAACAACAGCGGCAACAUCAGCAACAGCAACACCAGCAAUUCAAGCAAAAAGCACUCGCCAGCAAUCGCAUCCAGCUUGAGGGAGGUCAAGGAUUGCGCUACAACGUUGUCGGCUGGUGGUGGCAGUGGCUCCAUAGCGGGCGUGCCUCUUGGCGUGGGCUCCACUGUAGCUGGCAGCAAUAGUCUGCCACUGGCUGCGGCACAGUCACCCACAGAGCAGGCCAAGAGCCAAAUGGCCGCCGUGGUGGCCGCCGCCAGCGUUUCGCCAUUCAUGAGCAACUUUUUGCCCUUCUCGGGUGGCAUUUUUCCAAUGAUGGACAUGAGCAGCACCCAGGCGCUGUUAACGCUGGCGCGUGCUGCCAAAGAUGCUGAGAUACAGCAGAUAUUGCGCGGCAAGCAACAACAGCAGCAGCAGCAACAGUUGCAGAUAAAAGGCAGCAGCUCGAAUGCUUCAUCGCCCAGUGCCAGCGCAUCGAGCACGCCACGUCCCAGUUUAAAUGCCGCGCUGCAGCAAGCGGCGCAAUUUGUUACACCCGCUUUAAUCUACUCGGCUCAACUGCAGCAGCAGCAGCAACAAUCGCAUCACGCCUCGCGUCAGUCUAGUCCACGUUGCAAUGCGGAGGCUGCAAAUGUUGCAACGGCAGCGGCGGCGGCGCCUCUGGACUUGAGUUCUCAGCCGCCAGCUGCCAAACGUUUUAAGGCUGAAUCAUCCACAGCAGCAGCAACAAUAACAGCAGCAGCAACUGUUGCAACUGCAACAACAACAUCUAGCACACCUUCCCCGCCACUUAUAGAGCAGAAGCCAACACUGAAUAUAGCCGAGGGCCAAAGCAACGCAAACGCCAACGCAACAGCAACAGUUGCUGCUGCAACAGCAGCAGGAGCAACAUCGCCAGCGGGCACAGUGCGUCAGUGUCAGGCGCAAAGCGAGGAGGUGAACUCCUGGUCUGUGGACGAUGUCUGCACCUUUGUGGGUGGAAUUGAUAUAUGCGCCGAAUACGUACAGCACUUUCGUGAGCAGAGCAUUGAUGGCACGGGCUUGCCGCUGCUAACCGAAGAACAUUUGGUUAGCUCGCUGGGCAUGAAGCUGGGUCCAGCGCUGAAGCUGCGCUCCAUAUUGGCGAAGAAAUUGGGCGGGCCCUGUCCGUGUGUUGCGUGCGUUGCGCUGGCGCAACAAAUGCUGGCAUUGCAAACGGGCGGGGCAGCAGCAGCAACGGGAGCAACAGGAGCAACAGCAACAACAACAACAGGAGCAACAACAACUGCAAUAGCUACAACAACAAAUGUUGUAACUAGUUGCAGCAGUUUGUCCAACAGUAGCAGCAACAGCAGCAGCAGCAGCAACAGCAUGCCCGUUAGCUGCAAUGGACCUAGCACCAGCAACAUUGUUGCGGCAACAAAGUUGCGCUGCAGCUUUGAUGCCGCCGACAGCAACAUUGAUGCUGCCAGCUAGUUUCCUUCUGUCACAAAUCGAAAUUAAAAGCAGAAUUAAAUUAAAAAUAAAU